CCAGAAGUCACGAAAUGGCAAUGGACACAACGACGACAUGCAACAUCAUAGUCCAUCGGCGGAGAGGGUUACGGCAGAUGAGGCUGCGCUCACUUUCUCGUCUUCAUCUAGAUUACGUUCAGGCCACGAUAUCGAUACCAGGAGCAAUGCGGACCUGAUAAGCAGUUCCGUCAAUGCGGAUGACCUGAAGAAGCCAGAGUUGCAUCCUGCUUUUUCGGGCGCGCUUGCGAAGAUGCUUGGCAACUCUUUUGGUGCGGUAUCACCUCCGUCCCUUCAUGCACAGGAUCGGCGGCCUUGGUCUCUUAGACCUGCAGCGUUGUCUUCCGUCGAUAUGGAACAAUCUAAAACCAGUGGCGGUCCCACAUCAAAACCGAUGGCGGCACAAGACUCGAGCGGAGGUGGUGAUGGAGUCACUACGCCACGUGCGCGACAAGAGCUUGCCGCAUCGCUCGCUGAGCCUCUCUUGACGUGUUAUUUCCCGACCUAUGUGCGGAUGUUCAGCGGGAAAGACCUCGCGGAUAACGAGACAGCAGUGGAGACUCUGAACCUAUGGGACCAGUACGGGCUCCACGAUGC